UAAAAAAAAGAAUCGAGAAGGGGGCGGAGAGCGCUGACGUAUCUGCUUCUGACUUCUGCCUGUCAACCCAGCUGCCCCAUGAUGGCGCGCUCGUUUCGUGUCUGUGAUUCUUCCCUGCUUACCGGCUUCCUCCUGCGGCAGAUCUGGGCCAGAGCAGCCCGGAGAAGCACCGAGCACACAGGCAGGAGCUACAGCACGAAACCGGCGCGACUUCCCAGGAUGGAGUACCAGGACGCGGUGUGCACCCUCAACACUCUCCAGACCAAUGCCAACUACCUGGAGCUGGUGAAGCGGGAGCGCGGACAGCCACAAAUGCAGCUAGAGGCCAUGAGACUGUUCCUGCAGCGCACUGGCCUCAGGGUAGAAGAUUUGGAUCAGCUCAAUAUUAUCCAUGUGACGGGAACGAAGGGGAAGGGGUCGACUUGCGCAUUCAGCGAACACAUUCUCAGGAACUGCGGCCUUCGGACUGGCUUUUACAGUUCUCCACAUUUGGUACAAGUCCGGGAGAGAAUCCGAAUCAAUGGACAACCAAUCAGCAAAGAGCUCUUCACCAAGUACUUCUGGCAGGUCUACAACCGAUUGGAUAAAACCAAGGAUGCUCACUACGGCUCCAUGCCGGCCUACUUCCGCUUCCUCACCAUCCUGGCCUUCCACGUCUUCCUGCAGGAGAAGGUGGAUUUAGCCCUGAUAGAAGUCGGUAUUGGAGGAGCUUAUGACUGCACCAACAUCAUCAAGAAGCCAUGGGUGUGCGGAGUGAGCUCCCUGGGAGUCGACCACACCAGCAUCCUCGGGGACACCAUCGAGAAGAUCGCCUGGCAGAAGGGGGGCAUCUUCAAGCCUGGAGUGCCAGCCUUCACAGUGAAGCAGCCGGAGAACCCCAUGAAGGUGCUGGCAGAGCGAGCGCAGGAGAUCGGGUGCCACCUGCAGGUGUGCCCGGACCUGGAGCAGUACGAGUCUGACAAGCAGCAUCUGCAGCUGGGGCUGGCAGGAGGGCACCAGAGAUCCAAUGCCACGCUGGCACUGCAGCUGUGCCGCAGCUGGCUCCAGCGCUGGGGACGCCACGAAGCUUUCCUCUCCCUCCCGAAGACGGAGCUGCUCUCGAGCCACUGGCCUGCCCUGGCUUCAGCCUUCCAGCCCAGCCCAGCCAUGGUGACAGGGCUACGUGACACCAAGUGGCAUGGCCGGAGUCAGACCAUAAGGAACGGCCCAAUCUCCUACUUUGUGGACGGGGCUCACACCACCCGCAGCAUGCUGGCCUGUGUGCGCUGGUUCAGAGAGGCUGCGGCAGAGCAGGAGAGGACUGCAGAGGGGCCAGUGGUGCGUGUGUUGCUGUUUAACGCUACGGGGGAGCGAGACUCUGCAGCGCUGCUUAAACUCCUAGUGCCUUGCCAGUUUGACUUCGCUGUCUUCUGCCCCAACAUCCCUGAGACUGUCUCCUCUAGCAACGCAGCAGACCAGCAGAAUUUCAACGUAACCGUGGAGAACAUACUGACGCGUUGCCUGGACAACCAGAAAAGCUGGUGGCGUCUGACUGAGCAGGGGGCGGGGCCGGGGGCGGAGCUGCUGCUGCCGAGGGGGCUGCCCUUGGUGGAGGGGGGGAUGCGACGGCAGGGGGCCGAGCCCCUGGUAUUCCCCUGUAUCCUCAGCGCUCUGCAGUGGAUCACACAAGGACGGGACCCCCAGCUGCCCUGCGAUAGCAAGCCCAGGGCCGGCUCUGCAGCCAGAGCUCUGAGAGAGGCGGGGGCUGUGCAGGUGCUGGUGACGGGCAGUCUGCACCUGGUAGGGGGGGUCUUGAAGCACCUGGACCCCUCCUUGUCUUAACCCCCCCCCUGUUCUCAUCCAGCCCCUCUCAGCUGCAACACUGUUUCCAGAUAUCCUUCUGAUGCUGCUGCAGUGAGCAGCCUGGAUACUGGCAGUAAUCUCCCUGUCAGCAGUGCAGACUGCAGGGGUUUGGUCUACAGCUCCAAAGAGUUCACACAGAACUUAUUCCACGUCUUUCUGUGAGUUCAACUGGAAACAAAACCUGAGCCCCAAGUUGUUAAUCUGGAUGUUUAUAUAGAAGAUACCACUGUGCAUUUAGUGAGGUAUGGGGUACACUGUGAAGGUGGGUUCUGUUUAUUGUCCCCCACUAAACAGCAGUGCAUUCGCUAUCUCUGUGAUCCUGCCAAAGGCUCGCUCUGCCUGGACUGGGUGCCUUCGUCGUUUCAAACCGUACUUGUAUUUGUGUUUUUUUUUGUUUGUUUGUUGUUUUGUUUUUUUUUGUGUAAAACUAGGAAGCCUGUUUUAAUCAGAAAAGUGUGUAGGUUUCCAGUUUAUUUCCAUGUAACAAUUCAUAGUUUCAGAAUACAGGGAGUGUUGCAUGGGCCCUCACUGGAUAAGGAGGAAAAAUCGUCAGGGACUGUUUCAUCUCACUGAGCUGCGGGCCAGGCCCCGUGAGCUGAACUGCAGGGCUGGCCUUUGUUCUCCAGGAAUGCUGACAGCUGCUGUUGAGCUCUUGGGUGUAAAGAGCUCGGACUUUUCAUACUGGAUAGCCCCCAUUUCCAGCUAGCUGUGUGUGAAUGAAUCAUGAAAUACAGUGGGCAGUGAUUACUCUUUGUGCAGUUAUUAACUAAUCUCUUCUUAUUUUAUUUGAAAUGUAAUCUUACUUUCAGCAAGCAUUCGGACACUGGCAGUUGAAGUAUGUAUUGAAGGGUAGUGCAUAGGUACAGCAUGACGGGCAGUGUACAGAAUCUUUAUGGAAACAGGUUUCCCUUCCACCCUGCCUUUACUUCUGAUACCCAUAAGACAUGGGCACAACAUCCAGAUUUCACAAGAAAUAAUUCAGUUCUGAUAUGCAGCCACCAGGUGGCACUCUGGGCCAUACAAUAUCCUUGUAAUACCUGUAAACCCAUCUAAGUGUAUUUGACUGUAUCGUUUGUGCCACUGCCUAAACGUAUAGCAGGAGUGCUCCUUGUGUUCACUUUCUAAACAUAGCAAACAGGUAUUCUUUAAGAAAUAGAAGAAUUCUAGAGCAGCAGCUUGCUUAUAAGAGCAUUUCAAAUGAAACCCUGCUGUCACAGGGAGAGACUGUGGAGAUUAAUGUAAUGCACAUUUGAGAACCGUCAAACUGUCUGAAAGUGUGUAUUUUUGCCAAGAUGCACUUACACAGUGUGGGAUAUAAAUACUGAUUGCCAUCAAGGUGCAUCAAUACUGUCUAGGAUUUCUAUACCGAUUGCUAUCGCUGGCCCCUCUUGUUAUUCCUAGGUUUAUUUUAAGCUACAGUUGCAGUGAUUUUGAAUAGGGGAACUGAGACCCUCUCUGUUGGUCUCUCUAGAAGAACCACCCUUGUGUUUGAUGCAUUUCCCAGACUAGCUGUGUGUGAAUCCACUACACCUUGGAAACAGAGAGCUGUGACUCUUCAUACUGGAUAGCCUCCAUUUCCAGGUAGCUGUUAUGUCUUUAAUACAGAACUGGAUUUAGAAAGUUAAAUGGGUAUUACAAACUGCCCCAAAGACAUGUUUCUGUCUGUUUGGUCCAUGUCAUCGGGAGUGCUACUUGUUAAGUUGAAUACACUUUCAAUCAGCUUGAUUAAUGGUGUAGCUGAGGGUUGGUGGGGAUACUGAGUAUUAAUGAAAAGUUAGAGGUCUGCACCUAAUAGACCAUUGUUUAAAAUGUUUAAGACCAACUUCAUAGUUGUACUGCUGAAAGGGAAUCAGAAGGUGAUGUCAGAGCUCUUGUGAUGUUUCUCAGAGAACAGCAGCUCUACUGCAGUGGGAUCUGUAAGAAAACAGAGUUCAUGAUCCAAAUACCGCUGUCCCUUUAUCUGAUACUGCCAUAGGUUAGCUCUGUAUUACCUAUGGGAAGCUAAAUGAAAAUGUGAAAGAGGGGAAGGACACUCUUUUUUUCUGUUUUACGUUGUAGGUGUUUGUUGUGCACUGGUAGCAUUUUAUAAGAAGCACCUAUGGAAGAUUUAACCUAUUUCUAAAACCGUAUGGAGAAAAGUUCUUUGGGUAUCUGAGUUGUAGGGGAGCUAGGAGAUCCUUCUGAAAGAGGUCAGGUAUCUGAGUUGUAAGGAGAGCUAUGAGAUCCUUGUGAAAGAGAUCAGGUAUCUGAGUUGUAGGGGGAGCUAUGAGAUCCUUGUGAAAGAGGUCAGGUAUCUGAGUUGUAAGGGGAGCUAUGAGAUCCUUGUGAAAGAGGUCAGGUAUCUGAGUUGCAGGGGGAGCUAUGAGAUCCUGGUUUAGUCUCCUUAGCCUUCACUUCACUUCUUCAUGUAACACAGCAGCAAGGAUGGCAUCUUACUGACUAAUAUCUAAGGUACAAAUUAUUAUACUAUAUUUAUUUAUUUUUCACACUGUUCUGUGAUAGUCUGUGAUAAAAGAAAUGAAGGCAGCUUCCAGUUAUUAAAUUAAUUUAUUUCUAUUAACUCUAUAGAUUGGACUGGUUUGGCAGGAGUUUUCUGCGUUGCAGAUUAGAUCAGCAUUUUUGUAAAAAAAAUCUUUACUUUUUUUGUUUUGUUUCUAGUUUUAAAAAUCUGUACUUGUGUUCAGUCAAGCCCCCCCCCCCCCCCCCCAAGGUAUAAUGCUGUGUAAAUGGGGCUGGAAUCGGCUUUCCCUGCACGCUACCAGGUCCAAGAUCGAUGCCAAUUUCUGUGCUGUCACCAUUUCUACCACAUGUUUUAAAAUGAUUAUUUUCAGCACAGAUUCUGCACUAUUCCUAGCUCUGUGUGUGGCAGUGCAGACUGCCAUUAUUCCCUUUGUCUGGUUAGUUUCAGGUAAGGAAUGCCCUGUUUGAGAACAUGAAAUUGGAGUGCACUCAUUUUUAUACAAAAGAACAUGAAACUCGAUUUUGGGUAAUUCAAGAUGAAUUAUUUGGAAAUGUGUAUCUGGUUUGAUAAUGACAAUAACUAAAACUAUUGAAAUAUUUAUAACAUGGGUUUGAAGUCCUCCUCGAUCCCAUUUUGCUGUGCCAAUGGAACUCAAGAGGUGGAUCUGAAUAACGUACCACCGUCUUUUACAAGCCUUAAAACGGGGAUCUGCUGCUGUACAAAGGUUACCUUUUAACAGUCAGUGCCUGUGAAACACAAAGGGCUCUGUUACAAUGAUCUAUAUAGCACUGGGGUUUAGACCUGCCAUCAUUUUGAAUGGAAUAGACCACACUGCGUUUACCCCUGGGUGGGCAGAAUUGAGUCUUAACUGGCCCAUUGUUUUGAACUUUCAUUACUGUGCCAUAGGACAGCGCUAGAGCUGAUAAGGGUGUUCAGGUGUUCACUAAUGUUAGGAUUCUAGAGGUGAAUCUACUGCAUUAAGUCAUUCAUUUGAUCAAUACUGUAAUUUGUGACCUAAAUGAAAUAAAUAAUAAAACUGCAAUGAGAACUCA